AUGAGAGUAGUGGGCACAGUUCUACAGAGAUUCUCCAUUGGGACCUCCUCCAAGCUCCCAAGCACCACCGUCUCCUCCUUUCUUCUCCUUUCUCCAAGAUGUCAUCUUCUGGGCAGGGCGGUUUCAUCUUCGGCAUUUUGGUCUAAUAAUGCUUCGCUGUUUCCGGGCAAGGAGAGAUGUGCGGAGAAGGAUCAUAUGGGCAACUUCAGAAGAAGGAUAUGGACAUCCCCUGUUGUUUGUAUGGGUCGGCGUUCCAGCAAAAUUGCUGGCAGGAAGGGAGCUCAAGAUGCCAAGAAGGCGAAGCUUUAUUCAAGGAUUGGAAAAGAAGUCGUAUCUGCUGUAAAGAAGGGUGGUCCUAAUCCAAUUUCAAAUACAGCUCUUGCUGCUGUACUUGAGAAAGCCAAGGAGCUUGAUGUACCCAAGGAAAUUAUGGAGCGCAAUAUUAAGAGGGCUUCCGAGAAGGGGCAAGAGGCCUACAUUGAGAAAAUUUAUGAGGUGUAUGGCUAUGGGGGAGUGAGCAUGGUUGUGGAAGUGUCGACAGACAAAGUAAAUAGAUCCGUGGCGGCUAUUAGAGAGGUGGUUAAGGAUUAUGGAGGGAAGAUGGCAGACUCAGGAUCUGUUAUGUUCAAGUUCAGACGUGCUAGGGUUGUGAACGUGAGAGCGAACGAUGCUGAUAAAGACCAGCUGUUCAACAUUGCUUUAGAUGCUGGUGCUGAGGAUGUUAUUGAACCUUCGGUUUAUGAUGAUGAGAGUGAUGAAGAUAUGUCCCAAAGCUACUACAAAAUUGUGAGCUCGACAGAGAAUUACACGGCCAUAUUAUCAAAGCUGCGUGAAGAAGGAAUUGCUUUUGAGACAGAUAAUGGUUCCGAACUGAUUCCCAUAGCAAAUAUUGAGGUAGACGACGAGGCAGUAGACUUGAACAGAGAGCUCAUGUCCAAACUGCUAGAGCUUGACGACGUGGAUGCCGUUUACACAGACCAGAAAUGA